ACAGGCUCCUCCCCCCCGGCGCUUCCUUCAGCCGCAGUGACAGCUGAGCCCCGAUAGGAAACGAUCUCUUCGCGGUGCUGGGCCCAGCUCUGGCCUUCUUCUGCCCUCCCCUUCCCUCCCAGGCCGGCUCCGCUCCACUGGCAGUAUCGGGUUACAGGAGUCACUGCUGUGUCCUGUGCGCUAGGGGGUGGGGUGGAGGGGUGGGCAGAGGAGUAGGCACUAGGGUUGGGCACAUAUUCGGCAAGGCAGUGGUGGACGGUGUGGAUACACAGUCUGAUAAACCAUGGCUGAUGACUUCGGCUUAUUCUCCGGCAGUGGGGGCCCAGGGCCAGCGGAGGAGGACCCGGCAGCUGCCUUCCUGGCCCAGCAGGAGAGUGAGAUCGCAGGCAUUGAAAACGAUGAUGAGGGUUUUGGAGGCGCUGAGGGAGCCCUGCAGCAACCGGCAGCUGAAAAUGGAACUGGUAUUGAAGACAUGGGGACUACAGUCAAUGGAGACAUGUUUCAGGAAGCCAACGGUCCUUCGGAUGGCUAUGCUGCUGUGGCCCAAGCAGACAGGCUGAGUCAGGAACCAGAAAGCAUCAGAAAGUGGAGAGAGGAGCAGAAGAAACGGCUGCAAGAGCUUGAUGCUGCUUCUAAGGUGACUGAGCAAGAGUGGCGGGAGAAGGCAAAGAGGGACUUGGAAGAAUGGAACGUGCGGCAGAACGAGCAGAUGGAGAAAAACAAAGUCAGCAACAGGAUCGCUGACAAAGCAUUCUACCAGCAACCAGAUGCCGACAUCAUAGGUUACGUAGCAUCAGAAGAGGCCUUCCUGAAGGAGUCUAAGGAAGAAGUACCUGGCACAGAGUGGGAGAAGGUGGCCCAGCUGUGUGACUUCAACCCUAAGAGCAGCAGGCAGUGCAAGGAUGUAUCCCGCAUGCGUUCUGUGCUCAUCUCCCUCAAACAAACCCCACUGUCCCGCUAGGCAGCCAUCCAGGGUUACCAAAGAGCAGAGGGUGAGGAAGAAGAGAGAAGGAGGGAAGGAGAAGCAGAUUUGCUUGUUCUGGAAACCACUCUUCCAAUACCCACAGCACAAGAUGUUUAGUCAGUUCUCCCCAAUACUUUGGGGCAAAGGGAGUCCCCUCCCUGGCCUCUUCCUUCCUUCUCAAAACCACCUCCUUAGGUGUCACAUCCACCGUUGUUUUGCCACAUCAUGACCACUGAGUCCCACGGGUCUUUUACUUUUCUUGGCUUAAAGGUUGUGUUGUUAA